GUAAUAUACGUGACAUGAAUGUAGCCGGAGGUCUCUCCGGUUUCUCACGCGUGCCAACCGAACUACGGUUUUUAAACAGCUGAUACGCACGGCUGCCAACGUGAAGGCACAAAGCGGCACCAUCAAGUGUGCAACAUGGCCGCGGCCUGGAGUCCGUGUGACGUUUGUUGAGUUGUUCGUAGGAAAGUCAGUAAAAAAAAAAAACAAAAAAAAACUACAAGCGGAAGGAGUCGAUCAGAGAAGAUGGAUUGUUUCCACAUGAGCGUUUUGAUGAGAAGAACCGUGCACACUUGCCGCGCGCUGAUGAAGGAGACACCGCGUAACUUGAAGGGAAAGAAACACAGUUCGCAGUUGUGGUUAAAGAGACAGUUGAGCGAUCCUUACGUGGAGAAAGCCAAGCAAGAGAACUACAGAUGCAGAAGCGCGUUCAAACUUUUGGAGAUCAACGACAGAUUCAAGAUUUUCAGUCCGGGUCUGACUGUGAUGGAUUGCGGCGCGGCGCCUGGCAGCUGGACCCAAGUUGCCGUCAAUUUGACCAACGCAAACGGCAAAAAGAACGGUCCGGUUGGCAAAGUUUACGCGAUAGACAAACUUCCGUUUUAUCCCGUUGAAGGUGCAACCGUGUUGGGAAAUAUGGACUUUACACACGCGAGCACGCAGCAAACUUUGUGGAAAUUAUUAAACGGUAAUAAGGUCGAUCUGGUUCUGUCCGACAUGGCUCCAAACGCAACCGGUAUAAGAGACAUUGAUCACGACAACAUAAUGUUGCUCGCUUACAAUGCCAUGAAGUUUGCGCUGCAGAACAGUAAAUUGCACGGCACGUUUGUUGUCAAAGUUUGGGACGGCGGCAAAACAAAUCAGUUCGAAGAGAAUUUGUCGAGGUUUUACGAAAGUGUCAAAGUGGUCAGGCCCGAUGCUACGAGAGACGAAUCCACCGAACAAUUCUUUUUGGCCAGAAAGUUUAAGGGUCUUAAAAAAAACUAACUGAACCGGACAGAAUCAAUUUUUUUUUUUUUUUUUUUUGUUGGAAGAUACGUUGGAGAGAGGAUAGACACGUGUGGUGGAGUUUUUGUGGGCAGGUUGUAUAUAAAUAAAUAAAACGUAGUCGGCGCAAAUUUUUUUGUUUUGUUUACGAGCAUUGUAUAUGUGUUUUUUUUUUUAUAACUCCUUUCACUCCUUCCUUUAUCUAACGGCCUUACACGACACGACAAAUGCAAUAUACAUCGAUAUGUAUAUAUAUAUAUAUAUA